GAGGGCGGCGGCCGGUGCCCGGCGGGCGUGGCCGGGAAGUCCGGCGGCGGGAUGGUGACGCAGCUGGGGCUGCACGAGCUGCUGCACGUCUUCUCCUUCCUGGAGGCGCGAGACCUGCUGCGCGCCGCGCAGGUGAACAAGGUGUGGAAUGAGGUUUCAAGGACCAAGGAACUGUGGAGGCAGUUGUGUCUGAGACGCUGGUCCUCCUGCAAAGCCUCCCAGAUGGUUUUGAGCACACAGACGUGGAAGCAGUACUAUCUCUGCCGGUCUGAGCUGGAGUUCCGAGUGGAAUCUGGGCGCCCAGAAGACUUCACCUGCAAAGCUAUUGAUGGGCAUACAGGACAGAUAGAUCAGCUGGCUUACAUCUCAACCAAUGAGUACCGGUUUGAUGGAAGGGAGAAGUCUGUGGUUUGCACCGUGUCCACUGACUGUACUGUGCGUGCCUGGGAUUUGCGUGAGGGUACAGAGAUCUGGUCCAGCCCUGUGCAGCCUGCUUCUCUGGUGAAUUUGGUAACCUAUCCUCAGCAGCAGCUGGUUGUCACUGUGGACACCCAGGGAUUGAUCAAAGUGUGGAAUGCAGAGACUGGGUGUGAGUGUGCCUCCUUCUCCUUACUGACCUACUCUUCUGUGAUGGAGACCUGUGACCAUCCACAGGGUCUCUUCCUGCUGGCGGCCUGUGCAGAAGGAAACCUCUAUGCACUGAUGAUGCCUCAGCUGCAGGUGGUCUCCAAAGUGACUGUCUUUCCCCACUCCUCUGUGAACCUUGUGGUCUCACCUGAUCAACUGUGGGUGUUUGCAUCUGCACAGGACUCAGACCUGGGCCCGAAGGUGUUCUACACUCAGUCCUUGCUGGAGCCGUUGGAAGAUGAGCCUCCUAUCUGCACCACCCUCCCGGUCAGGCUGAGUUCCAGAGCCUGCUGGGCCUCCGAUGAGGCAGCCAGGCUGAUUGUGAUGCACAGAAAUGACAAUGGCACGCAGCUGGUUGUCACUACCUUUGAGUUAAAGGCUGAGAAGUUCAGAGCUAGAACGAACAUUCUGGUACAACAGAUGACCAGUUUCCCCUUACCAGACGCCAUGAUGCCUCCUCAUCUCAUGAAGGGCCCCAGCUCUCAGCUGAUCCUAUUGGCCUCUGGGUCAGAGCUGCUGCUGUUCACCAUACAUGGCCUGCAGCUAGCAGCCUUCCAAGACCACCAGCAGCCCAUCACAUCCCUAUGGGUGGACCCAACCCGAGUCAUCACCUCUUCCUUGGACCUUUCCUUGCGCAUCUAUGUGUGGAAUAAGGAGAAUAAAUUCCCGGUCCUCAAGAGCUGCUAUCACUUGCUUGGGGGAUCCCACAGAUGGGCCAGUGGAUUUAUCCAUGUGAAAAGUGACAGUAUGAGCAUUGUGGGCGUGGAAGCCAGAAGCAUGGGAACAAGCAUCCUGAGGUCGUACUGCUUCAAAGUUCAGCGCAGCUAAGAGGAUCGCACCAGCUGAAGAUGGUCUCACUUUGGUAAAGCGCUUGCAUGCAUACAAAGCCUAAAUUAUGUUACCAGCAUUGGAAAAGGAAUUGGUAACUCUCAGAUGCCUGCUGUGCACCAACUGCACUGUGCUCUGUGACUUGACUUUUAAAUCCUCAUCAGAAGUCAGUGAAGUAAGAACUAGUGUUUGUUUUUCUGAUAAGAAAAUGAAAGAGGAGAGUAAUUAGCCAUUACUGCCCCCAUUUUCCAGCCAUUAAGCAGUCGGCCUAAGAUUUUCCAGAUUGUAAGUGGAAGACAAGAGUUGAACAUACCUGACGGCACUAGAAAGCUUAUGUUUAAA